GCGCGUCAGUCGAUCCCGAGCGCGGCUGCAGGGCGGCGGGCUGCAGCUAGCAGAGCGCGCCGACCCUGGGAGGCGGCGGUGUCCGCAGGCGUCGCGUGAGGAGGCUCGGAGCCCAGAGACUCGCGCAGCGCGAUGGCCCCCAUUGGCCUCAAAGCGGUGGUCGGCGAGAAGAUCAUGCAUGAUGUGAUAAAGAAGGUAAAGAAGAAGGGAGAGUGGAAGGUGCUGGUGGUGGAUCAGCUGAGCAUGAGGAUGCUUUCCUCCUGCUGUAAGAUGACAGACAUCAUGACCGAGGGGAUAACAAUUGUGGAAGACAUCAACAAGCGCCGAGAGCCGCUCCCCAGCCUGGAAGCUGUGUACCUCAUCACUCCCUCUGAGAAGUCUGUCCACUCUCUCAUCAGUGACUUUAAGGACCCACCAACUGCCAAGUACCGGGCUGCGCACGUCUUCUUCACUGACUCGUGUCCAGACGCCCUGUUUAACGAACUGGUAAAAUCCCGAGCAGCCAAAGUCAUCAGAACUCUGACGGAAAUCAACAUUGCAUUUCUCCCAUAUGAAUCCCAGGUGUAUUCCUUGGACUCUGCUGACUCUUUCCAAAGCUUCUACAGUCCCCACAAGGCUCAGAUGAAGAAUCCGAUCCUGGAGCGCCUGGCGGAGCAGAUCGCAACUCUGUGCGCCACCCUGAAGGAGUACCCGGCCGUGCGGUAUCGGGGGGAAUACAAGGACAAUGCUUUGCUGGCUCAGCUAAUCCAGGACAAGCUCGACGCGUACAAAGCCGAUGACCCGACAAUGGGGGAGGGCCCAGACAAGGCACGCUCCCAGCUCCUGAUCCUGGACCGCGGUUUCGACCCCAGUUCCCCCGUCCUUCAUGAAUUGACUUUUCAGGCUAUGAGUUACGACCUGCUGCCGAUUGAAAAUGAUGUAUACAAGUAUGAGACGAGCGGCAUUGGAGAAGCGAGGGUGAAGGAAGUGCUCCUGGACGAGGAUGACGACCUCUGGAUAGCGCUGCGCCACAAACACAUCGCGGAGGUGUCCCAGGAAGUCACCCGUUCUCUGAAGGAUUUUUCUUCCAGCAAGAGAAUGAAUACUGGAGAGAAGACCACCAUGCGGGACCUGUCCCAGAUGCUGAAGAAAAUGCCCCAGUACCAGAAAGAGCUCAGCAAGUAUUCGACCCACCUGCACCUUGCUGAGGACUGCAUGAAGCAUUACCAAGGCACCGUGGACAAACUCUGCCGGGUGGAACAGGACCUGGCGAUGGGCACGGAUGCUGAAGGGGAGAAGAUCAAGGACCCCAUGAGAGCCAUUGUCCCCAUUCUGCUGGACGCGAAUGUCAGCACUUACGACAAAAUCCGCAUCAUCCUUCUCUACAUCUUUUUGAAGAAUGGCAUCACCGAGGAAAACCUGAACAAGCUGAUCCAGCACGCCCAGAUCCCCCCGGAGGACAGUGAGAUCAUCACCAACAUGGCCCACCUCGGGGUGCCCAUCGUCACGGACUCCACGCUGCGUCGCAGGAGCAAACCGGAGCGGAAGGAGCGCAUCAGCGAGCAGACCUACCAGCUCUCACGAUGGACCCCGAUCAUCAAAGACAUCAUGGAGGACACCAUUGAAGACAGACUUGACACCAAGCACUACCCGUACAUCUCCACCCGCUCCUCUGCCUCCUUCAGCACCACCGCGGUCAGCGCCCGCUAUGGGCACUGGCAUAAGAAUAAGGCCCCAGGGGAGUACCGCAGUGGUCCUCGCCUCAUCAUCUUCAUCCUGGGGGGCGUGAGCCUGAAUGAGAUGCGCUGUGCUUACGAGGUGACCCAAGCCAACGGAAAGUGGGAAGUGCUCAUAGGAUCCACGCACAUUCUCACCCCACAGAAACUGCUGGACACGCUGAAGAAACUGAAUAAAACAGACGAAGAAAUAAGCAGUUAAAAAAUAAGCCACGCCUCCAAACAACGAACCCUCUCCCCAGAGUGCUCGCAGCCCUGACCACCGCUGACCGCCUCGGUUCCUUUGCUGACCCCCUUCUCCCUCCAUCGCCUGCCCCAGCUCUGCACGCCCGGCCGGCACUGUCGCCAGCUGCGUUCUCGUGUUUGGUGAUGCCCUCUUCUCGUUUGAAACAAAAUAAUGCAUUGUGUUUUUUUUAAAAAAAGAGUACCUUCUAGAUGUAUCCUGGAGAUGUUCGGUGUGAGGGACGCGCUGCUGGAGGGUUUCUGAACUGCUUAGGAUGAUGAAUGGACACCUGCUCCCCAUUGGCCAUGAUUUUAUGACCUUGUACAUAAGCCAGCGUGACGUGUGCACAUUGCUUGCGUAUGGGAAGGUAGAUGUUUGGGUGUUUUUAAAAACCCGUUUGGGAUUGUUCCUGUUCUUGUUGGGAAUCACUGAGAUGUCCGUUUUUGGAGUAUUUUAAACUGAGGAUUAAUCUGUUACCUUCACUCCAGUUCCUACCCCUCAGUGCCAGCUCUCAUCCAGAUAAGCUUGGAAGUGAAGCUCAGGUGACAUCUCGAGAGGUUUGAGCUGGAGUCGACCUCUGCUCUCCCCAGGGGGCUCAUUCCCCCCCUCCCCCGUGCUGGAGGUAGGGGCUGGGGGCGUCCACGGGAAGUCAGGCUGGGUGCCUGUCGUGGCUCCCUCCCUGGCCGCUGCCGCAGCGCUGUGAUCCUGUUCUGUGGUCUGUCACUGUCCCCAGAUGAGUGAGGAGCAAGCUCCCAUCGGGGACCUGGGUCCCUUGGAGAAGCAGUCAGACCUGGUCCUUCAGACCAGACGCCAUCUUUCCCCAGGCAUCACCCCCGACAGAGCUGCUCUCAGCAGGGUCAGCCUGGGUAGAGCGAACCAGAGCAGAGUGAGUUCCGCAGGCUCCUGGUCAGAGGUCCCUUUCCUGUAGAGCACUGUCUGUGCCCCUGACACUUCAAACCACCUGAAGAGUAGCCCAGUGGAUUUAUCCAGACCCUGACCCCACUCAGGUUAUCCUCCGUUUAAGAUACUUGCUAAUACUUUAUUUUGUGUAGUGUGGGGUCAUAUGUCGUCGUGCUUGUAAGAGAAAACGAUCAUUUUAUUCUCUGUAUAAAAACGUAGCUGUAUAAGGCUUAGCUCUGAUGCAGACAUUAAAGAAGCAAAUGCAGGAAGGACGUCUCGUCGCCCUCAGGACUCAGCAGCUCGUUCUCCGGAAGGGAGCGCACUAUUUGUUCUGCUGCUGUUGUGAACUAUAAUGAACAGUGGAAGUCACAAAAAUGUCCCGCGCCCACCCCCACCCACCCCCUUAGCCCCUGCAAACCGUGUGUGUAUAUUACUGUCUUGUGGCAUCGUCAUUGCAAACGUGCUGUGUGCUAGUUCUCCGCGGCCCUCGCUUCCCUUUCAGAAUAUACUCCUCACCCGCCCCGUUAGAUGCAUCGUGGCAUUCUCUUCUCAAGGCUUUGAAAUCUCCCCUUUGCACUCAGAUUAGUUUUCAGGUCUGUCUCCCUUCCCCCCCUUACAAGAUCUCAUUUCCUUAGGACAGACUGUAGGGACCUGCCUUGGUUUGUUUCUUCUUGUUACUGCUUGUUUUGUCCCCUGCCCUUGACCAAACGAUCGAUGCUCAUGCUUCAGGACCUUGUUUGUCCGACAUGUCGGUUUUCCUUUCUCUGUUAUUUAUAUAAAAAUAAUUUAUCAAAAGGAUAUUUAAAAAAAAAAAGCUAGUCUGUCUUGAAACUUGUUCACCUUGAAAUUAUCAGAAUCUCAGUGUUUGAAAGUAUUGAAGCACAAACAUGUAUCAUCUCUGUACUGUUCUGUACUAAAGCACUCGAGUCUAAUAAAUAAAUCAGCGCCCA